UUAGGAUUUUAAAACAUUUUCCGUACAACUUUUUUUAUAGAUUACUUUCAGAUCUAACUUUACAGUUCCCCCACCCCCAAACCCUUAUUGAAGAUUUCAGCUCCAAGAAUCUUGUUCGACCAAACGUCAAUCUAAGUUGACAGAAGAAAACUCGUAACAUCGACUUCAAAUAGUUGUGGUGCAGCGGAUGGGUUGCUUACUCGUAAUCAGAGGUUAAGGGUUCGAUCCAGGCAUGGAAAAACUUUGUUGGGAGUGCUACCCGAAUGGGGCUACCCGGCGCGAAUUUGGAUUAGUCGGGCUUCAAUGCGAAACCAAAAACAAAAAAAAGAAGCAUCACAUAUUUAUUGGUUUAUGUUGGCAUGCAAAAGCUGAAAAGGGCUUAUAUGUUGGUUGUUACUUAAAAUGGAGCGUGUCGUGCAUCCUGGUCCUGCUGAGCGUAUGUUACUCAGAUUACAGAGUGAUCAUCGGUCAGAGUGGCUUUGGGAUGGUCGGAUAUCGUUAGAAUUGUGUAUAAGGCCUAUCAGGAUCGAUUUGGCUUGGAAUUUAUUUACCUCACACCCGCCGCAUCAACGUGUUGUAGAUUAUUUAUCUAGGGCGGGAUUAUAUAAUGUUGUAAGAGUAGGUAGGAUGCAGUACGGUCCUUCCCUUCUUACUGCCAUGGUUGAGUGAUGGAGGCCGGAGAGUCAUUGCUUCCACCUACCCUUCGGCGAGGCUAUGAUCAUGCUUCAGGAUGUAUAGGUAAUGUUUGGGUUGCGUGUUGAUGGUCACUCUGUUUAUCUAACGGAUGUUUCCAGGAGGGAUCGGCAAUGGCGUGCCAUGCUAGAGGCACUCACCGGAUAUGCUGGGGAAAUUAAGGGUAGGAGUUUUCUGAAUAUGAAAGUGCUAACUGACUUCAUUAAAGAUGAGGUAGAGAGUGAUCCCGUAGGAGUAGAUACUCCAGUUGGUAGGGUUGAGCAGAUUGCCCGACUGUACAUGCUUGUGAUUCUUGGGGUAUCUUAUUCCCAAACACAUCAGGCAACGAGAUUAACCUACAUUUUUUGGCUUUUCUAGACCCUAUCGACGAUGUAGGUAGCUAUAGUUGGGGUAGCUCACUAUUGGCGUACUUAUACAGGUCAUUAUGUCGGGCAUCAUAUAUUCAAAUGACCUAUACGGAUUUCUUCCACUCAUUCAGGUAUGGUGUUGGGAGAGGAUGUUGCCUAUACAGCCAAGAGUAAAUGAGUUGGGGGUUGAUGAUGCAGUCCUUCCAUAUGCCAGGAGAUGGACAAGGGGUGUUGAAAGAGAAAACGAGACAUAUCACAAUCUCAUCCCGAUCAGAGAUCAGAUAGAUCACAUGAUGGAGAAGCAGGCUGCUUUACAUAGUUUUUGUGGACACCGUACGAUGCGAUAUUGCAUACAUUGCCCUAGUGUUGCAAGAUUGAUCAAUCUUUAUGGACUGCACGAGUGCCUUUGAUUUUCUUAGAGAUAGGUGAGUACCACGUGCCUGAUCGGGUGAUGCGACAAUUUGAUCAGCUUCAGCACAUACCCAAGCCCCCGGAGUGGGAUCCCAUGCACUUUACCCAUGAUCUGCAUAGUAGGUUGGAUCAGGCAGUGAUUGAUCUAUUAGAUGGUUAUUCUGAUCUUUGGGGGUACCGGCAUGGUAGGUUGGUUUUGCCGGUUCGUGGUGCUGUACUGAGAGAUUAUCCACUGUGGUUCUUGAAGCACGGACAGUUGCUGAUUGGCAACCCUGCUCUAAAGGUACUUAUAAUUUUAUAAUUUUCCUAUAACGAAACAUAUUUAUGUGAUGUAGGAGAUUAUAUGUGUUUGAUGUAUGUUAAAUAAACAAGGAUAAAUUAUUAUUUUCAAUUUUAAUGUUGGAUUUUCUAAAGGACUUUAAAGGAAGACCCUUGAAAAAAUAAUUUCUCGAUUAUUAUCCCAUCCUCAAUAUGAGCAGUAUGAACAAAUCUUGUGGCUAUUCCGGACAUUGUCGCACAUGGCUCAACAUCCGGGAUGAUACUGCCUGUCAAGAGGCAGAAAAGGCAACGCAAGGACAUUCUACCAACUAAAUCAAGGAAGGAUGGCGAUGGAUUUAGGCCUUUGGAUGCUCUACGCAAGCCAAAGGGCUGUGGAACAUAGUAUUCAUUUGUAGGUACAUUAUUUUUUGUUUAGCCUUGUACAUCAAUUUGUGCUUUUUUAAUCUCCUUUGUUAAAAUUUUACCCAAAAAAACUAGUUCACUUUGUUUAGAACGUAUUGAAUCUUCAUUAAGCAUGAGUAGUGUCUUAAGCAUGUGUGUAUUAGCAUGUUUAAAGUGUUUAUACUUUUGACUUUAAACCAUUGGUUCUAAUUUAAAUAUUGAUUAUAUACCCUUAUGGUUCUAAUUAAUAUUUGCUAUUUUAGGCAAUAGACUCAUUAUAUCUCCUGUUUUUCGUUCUUCUGGUAGAUCAAAUUGUCAUCUUCUUUGCUUAGUGUUCCUCUUCUGUCUUCGUUAAAAGGACACAACUAAUAGAAAUUUGCCUGCACCUAAGAAGAAUAAGCGUGGUGCUUAUCCGAAAAAAAUGAACAGCAAAGCUAUUCGUAGCAGAGGCCAUUGUAACAAUGACAUUGAUGAUAUCAUUCCCCGGCAUUCAAAAAGAAUAAGAAGCUAGCAAAAUAGGAGGAUUGAUGCUGUGUGUUUUAAUAAUAUUGACCACGUGGUAGGAGCUUCAUCUAGGAUCACGAGCAAAGAAAAAAAUCCACAUAUAUGGUCUUCUGACAAUAUCAUCUCAAGUACACAGGUAAGAAGUUGCAUUGCCGACUUGAGUGCAUGGAAGGUAAAGAAAAGAAGAAGCAUUGUGAACAGCAAGUCCAAUUCCUUGGAAAAUAAUGUAAUUGCUUGUGAACUGGAAAGUGCUGCUUCUGUACUAGGAAAGAAUAAUGUAGAUAAAGGUAGAAUUUCAGAGAUGGGAGUUAACACAUGCUAUGAAGGAGAUUUGGUGAUGAGGAGUAUUAACAUAGGGAUAUGUCCAUCUCAGAAUACAUGUGAUGGGGUAGAAGAAACUAGUAGGAAGAAUCCCUCUAAGUCUAAUGGUACUGAUCGUCAUCUUGAAACUUGUAGUGAUAGGUGCAGUGGCAUUUCUAAGGAUCGCGUUUUUGUUACUUCAGAAUCGAAGUUUGUCUCUGAAGUUGAAAAUCGGAACGAGCCAGUUCCUAAUGUAGACAAUAGUAUGGCUACUGAAAGUGGUGGUUUUGUUGAGGUCAAUAAUACUGCAAUUGAGAUGAGGGGUUUCCAAAUAUACCCAAGACUGGAAGUGCUGAUAACUUAUUCCAGGAAGAGGAGAAAGAAUUCUAGUGCUUCUGCAAGCAGUUUACCAUCGAUCAUGAAGGAUGCAACCUCCUCUCUCCUAAUUACAGAAAACAAAACAACCACCCCCAGCUCAGACCAUUGCCAAGUGUCCAUAUCCUACUCCAAUAGUUUGCCUGCAGAAGUCAAUGACGGAGGUGAUACCUUGUUGAUGGGUAGGCAACAAAUGUUAUUGGUUAAGGCGGCAGUUGACAGUCCAUCCAGUGAAACAUGGAAUAAAAACGAAGCAGCUCAGGUUGAUAAUCAGAAAGAGACCGUUAAUAGUUCAAUGGCUUCUAUCAAGGAUGAGUCUCCAAUAGACUCCAAGGCAGAAAAUUAUGAGCCGGAGAGGAGAAACGAGACAGACACCUUCGUGAAUAUGCCAUAUGUUAUUGAAUUUGCUAAAGGGAGUUCACAUUAUGCAAUGCCAUGUGAUCUUAGGGCCUCCGAUGACAUUCAUAGUGUUGUCACAACCAUUUGAACCCUUAAAUGGGGAAAGACUGUUAACAGCUGAAGAUAGUCCUUCUCAUUCAAGAACGAUUGGUUUUGAAGGUGGGCAGAUCCAAAUCACAAAUGUGGGUGUCAUCCCUCCAUUGGGGAGAGCGUUUAAUACACGUUCCAGUAAAAAGCUUCUUGUUCUUGAUAUGAAUGGAUUACUUGUUGAUAUUCUCCCACUUUAUUAUGUCCCGUAUAGGUUGAAACCGGGACAUCAUUAUAUCAGGGAAAGCAGGUGGAGUUGGUCAAACUUUGUAUUUCACUUUUCGUUUGUACCUUUCCUCUUAAAAAUUAUUCUAACUGGGUUUUACCAUGCUGUACCAGUUUUUAGAAGGCCUUUUCAUGAUGAUUUUCUGCAAUUCUGCUUUGAGAGAUUCAAUGUAGGUGUAUGGUCAUCAAGGAUCAAGUACUAUUCGAACUUUGUGUACUCACCAUGGUGACUUUAUCAAUAUCUCUACAUGUGAAAAUAUUCGGUAGUUUAGAUGUGACUCAUAUGAUUUUAUGUUCCCCAUGUAUGCUGUUGAAAAAUUUUCAGGAGAAACAUGGAGUUGGUUCUUGAUUUUCUUUUGGGAGAUGCCAAACACUAGUUGCUCUUUUGUUGGGUAUGAAUUUCUCGCUUCUCAUUUAUUUUCCUGACCUGGUGCUGGUGCUGGUGCUAGUUCGAACUCUAGGUGUUCAAGCAGAGGAUGCAUUUUAAGAAUGUCUUGUGAUGCUUGGACUUCAAUAUCAGUUAAUAACUCCAGCAAUGGAUGUGCAUGGUGAAAGUUAGUUAUAUUUUCUGAUCUGUUUUGCAUGCAUUACUAAUGCAUGGUUUUAUAAAUCUAGAGGUCAUUGAGCACCUAGGAUAUAACUCCUGGGAGCUAGAAUCAGAUCCAAGUUGAGGAAACAUGAGUUACGUUUUAUAUUGGUCUUGUUUGUCUAAGCACACAGUGUAUCUCUUAUCUCAAAUAUUGUAUGACUAUGAAGGUUCGAAAUCCAUUUGUUCUUCAUCAUUUGACUAUAUGAGGAAGGAUAUGUAGUCAUGCCUAAACUCAGGGACUGAUAUCCAUACGUACAACACCAUUACCAACAAUAAUAUACCCAGUGUAAUCCCACAAGUGGGGUCUAAGGAGGGUGCAGUUUGUACGAAAACCUUACCCUGCCUUGGGAAGGUAGAAGGGCUGUUUCCGACAGACCCUCGGCUCGAGUAAAGCAUAUCAAAGAAGGUAUAGAAACAACAAAUAAUACAAUAACCAAAGCAAAGGAAACAACAAGUGAUCGGUUGAUAGUACAACAACAACAUACACCUUGUAAUCCCAUGAGUGUGGUCUGGGGAGGGUAGGAUGUACACAUACUUUACCCCUACCUUUGUGUGGUAGAGAGGCUGGUUCAGAUAGACCCUCAGCUCCAAAAAAAGUAAGCGAUAGAUAGUGCUUAGAAAAAUUAAUAGAUAUGAUAAUGAGAUUUGAUAGUUGCAUUAAUUUGUCAUUCUGCUGAUGCAAGGAUUUCUAAUUAAUGAAUUCAAUUCGAGUAUCAAAAUCUUUUCCUGCUCAUUUCGAAUUCAAUAAUGAACUGCUCUAGGAUCAUAAUUGGUGGAGUUGAUUUGGAUCACUUGUUUUAUGAUGCUUUCUCUGUGCAAACUAACAGUUAUUUUAUUUGCCUUCAGGCUUGAUGUGCCUGUAUUUUCAAGUUAUCCCUUCGGGACUCAAAUUAUAUCACAGUGGUCGCCUUCCCUUUUUAUGUCUGAUUAGUUCUGGGUCUUCACUUGUUGGGUGAUAUGCAGACCUUUCAUAAUCUGAGAACCGUUCCUAAAUGACAACAGGUGCUUAGGAAGUUUAGCUUCUGGAUGAAAAUGAGUCCUCAUGAGUCAUGACUGCUACAUGUCUUAAUGUGUAUUAUUUCAUAAUGACACCGAUUAACCUAGGAUUACAUAUGGUUUCGAGUUUCCACUUCCUUCUGUUACCUUGCUGGCUCACUCUACAAGCAGAUACAUAAAAUUUAUUGCUUGGCUGGAAAUUACGGUGUUACCUUUCUGCAAUCUGUUGGAUUCCGAAGUAGUGGUUUGUUCUCUCUUGCAUAGUUAUUCUAAGAUUCGGAAACCUGGGUGGAUAAUUAUGUAUAACCCAACAUAUGGAAAAUGUCCCUGUCCGAAUUGUCAAUUAUUAGUUUUUAAUUGUUUAUUUUCUUUUUGUGAAGUUUCAUGCUUUAUUACCACUAUGUUUACUAUUCUUUGUCCUGAUUUCUAUUGUAUCUUGUUCUAUUACUAUUCUUCUUAGAUUGUUUUA